AUGUCGUCGUCCGUUCGAUCCUCGACUCGUCAGAAAACGUACGAUGCCGUUCUCAAUGAACUGUUCGUUGCGAUCAAAAUCACGACUGAAGCAUUAAACAAUGGCAAGCUUUCGUCUGCCAUUUCCGGAAAUCGUGUCUCAAUGCUCGAACGCAUCAAGUCGAGAUUCGACGAAGCACGUCAAAGGCUGGAGGACAGCGACAUUGAAGAUAAGGAAUCCUCCAUUGACUUCCAGGAAGAAAAGGUCGCAUCACUUAUUCUUGAUUUUUUCGUUAUCCUGGAUCGCCUUGAACAUCUCUCGUCGACAAAGGAGUCCGCAGUUACGGAAUCAAUUUCACGUAAAACAUCAACCAAAAUUUCCAUGCGUCCUUUUGAGGAAAGCUGUCCCAGCGUUUGGUUUCGCCAGCUGGAGAUCCAGUUGGAGGCAGCAGCGGUUACGAAAGACGAAGAAAAAUUCGCCCAUCUUCAACGUUUCCUUGACGGUCCGCAAUCUCUUGCGAUCGCUCCAACUCUUGAUUCUUCUCCUGGGGUUCGUUAUCAAGAGGCUAAGGAAUUACUUCUUGCACUUUUCUUGCCGGAGAAGCCCACCAGAGUGGCUAACAUCAUCGGUGCGAGAAGAGGCGAAG